CCGCGUAAACUCGUUCAAGAUGGCGAGCUUUGAGCGGUUGGCGAUCUCGGUCAUGGUUGAAAUUGUUAAGUUAUAAUUGUUUACAGGUGGUUUUGCGUGUGAAACAUCGUUUUUGCACCAUGGAUUCGGAAAGGACGGAAUGGGUCGAAAUAAUUGAGCCCAGAACAAAAGAACACAUGUACGCAAACUUGACAACCGGUGAAUGUGUUUGGGACCCUCCACCCGGAGUUAAAAUAAAGCUAACGGAUGACAGCCAGUGGUGGGAACUGUUCGACCAGAAUACUUCGAGAUUUUACUACUACAAUGCAUCCAGUCAGGUCACCGUGUGGCACAGGCCAAAGAACUGCGAUAUCAUACCACUGGCCAAGCUUCAGACGUUAAAACAGAGUACGGAACUGGAAGAGGGUGAGGAGGUCAGUGGUUCUCAGGAGAUCUCCGUUAGGAAAGAGUCCGUGGGUACUCAGACGAGAGUGAGGGAAGACAUGUCUCCGAAGAUUCGACCCCAGAUGUGCACGGUGUCGACUCAGACAAGUCCAGUUGUGUCGCCAAAGGACCACCGCAAGCAUCAUCACCGGAAGUGCGGAUCUUCUCCGACGCCCCUCUACAACAACCUGGAGAGCGGGGGUGGCUUGUGGGACUUUGGAACGCAGCUUCCGUUGCAUCACUACAUUAUGGAGCAGGCCAAGCUCUUGGGAUACAGGCUGGAUCUACUCGACGACAGGGAUUCUUUGUCGCCUAGCGAUUCGGAAGACAACUCCGACGGCAGGGGUGACGACGACGAGGAAGACUUUGCGGAUGAUGAAGCCAUGAGUCAUCCGGACUCCUCUUCUCAGGAGUGUCUCGCGGAAGAUGAAGAGGACGAAGAGGAGGAGGAAGAUACUUAUUGUGAGGGAAGGAAACUGUCAGGAGAAAGUGAUGCAGGCAGCUGGUUUUCCAACUCCCCUUCCCAGCAGCCCUGUGUUCAGCACACGUCGUUACGGAAAUACAGCCGUAACAGUGAGCCUAUUGCGGCCCUCGAGAAGUCACAGUCAUUCCAGGCAUCUGGGAACAACAUGGUCACGAGGCCCCUGUCGAGCGACCGCAAGCCUCCCUCGGAGAGCGACAUUGUGCAGUAUGCCCAGGACAACAUAAACCGACACAAGCGAGGAAUCUUCCGGAAGAAGUUCUCCCUGCGGGACAUGCUGUCCUGGUCCAAGGAUCCCAUCAGGAAGCCCAUGAUUAUGACCACGGACAAGUCGCUCAAACAAGAUGCCUGCGAUCUCUUCAAACUCAUUCAGGCUUACAUGGGAGACCGCAAGUCCAAGGCCACAUUCAACGCCGUUGCUCUCGAUAUUGCAACCCGUGGAUGGAGCAAGCAGGCCAUCCGCGAUGAGCUCUACAUCCAGAUCUGCCGUCAAACGACAGAAAAUCCGCGUCAGGAAAGCCUCGUCCUGGGCUGGGAACUCAUGGCCGUCUGCUUGGGCCUGUUCCCGCCGUCUGCUACUUUUAAACCGUACCUAGAGAGCUACAUACAGCGACACCGAGACCCAAGUAGCCCAGUCGCCGCUUACGCUGCUGCCUGCGCGCAACGGUUGGAGCGUGGAGCGCAAAGCGGAGCCAAACGCGGACUGCGACGUCCGACCGUUGAGGAAGUGGAACAAUCCCGUGCCCACAUCUUCAGGCCAUCCAUGUUUGGAAACACCCUCGACGAAGUGAUGGCGCUGCAGCAAGAAAGAUAUCCUCGGCGUUGUCUUCCCUGGAUCCAGACGACGCUGUCGGAAGCGGUCCUGCGGCUCAACGGAGCGCAGACCGAGGGAAUUUUCAGGGUGCCGGGAGACAUCGACGAGGUCAACGCUCUCAAGGUCAGGAUGGACCAGUGGCAGGCAGUCGACAGCGCGGAUCCGCACGUUCCGGCUUCCCUGCUCAAACUGUGGUACCGCGAGUUGCACGAACCGCUAAUUCCGACGGCGUUCUACGAGGAGUGCAUCGAGAACUGCAACAACCCCCAGGUGGCGCUGUCUGUCGUGCGCCGUCUGCCAGAGAUAAACCGCUACGUUCUCGCGUACCUCGUGCGCUUCCUGCAGGUCUUUGCGGCGCCCGAAAACGCCGCGGUCACAAAGAUGGACUCGAGCAACCUGGCGAUGGUGAUGGCGCCGAACUGCCUGCGGUGCACGUCGGACGACCCUCAGGUCAUCUUCGACAACACUCGAAAGGAGAUGGCGUUUGUUAGGAUUCUCAUACAGACUCUCGACACAAAGUUUAUGGAAGGACUGCUAUGACCCGUCAGCUCGGCAGGAACGCUCUAGUCGUAAAACGCUUGUGUUCGUCACGGUCGUAGCCAUUUUGACCCGUACGAUGCCAAAAUGACGGAUGUCCCGUCGUGGAGACAGGCAUAGUGUGGUUUACUGCACAAGGACUCUGAUAAUUGUGCAUUUAAUUCUAGCCUGUUCGUUACACUUACGAUAGUUGACACUUGAAUGCAGAUUUAAGCUUAUCUUAAAGAGAGGGUAUAUUGUCCUUGGCAGAGAGUGCCAUUGUGUCGCGUUAAAAAGUAGGGUUAUGUUAAGAACUGCUUGUCGGCACUAACCUUCAUUACAGAGCACGAACAAAGAUGCUUGUCACUACCUUGUUAGAGCUGAGAGGUUUGUACAUCUUUUAUUAGAUAGUUUUAAAAUAAUACAAAGAGAUUGAUUAAAUAUUGACAACAGUACUUUUGCUAUUGAAGUAUUUAUUCUGUAACGCUCUCCUGUUUCUGCAGUUCGGUUUAGUGGCAAUAAAGAGAUGCCGUGAGCA